CUCCCGGGAGGCGGCCGGGCUUGGUCCUUCCCCGCGCCGGCUGGGCGAACGGGCGGGCGGGCUGGGCUGGCGAGGAAGCCCCGAGCCUGGCGGCCGCCCCCCACCGAGCUCUCGCCUCUCCGCCCCCCGAAGGCAGCUGAGCUCCGCCGCCCCUUCCUCCCCGCCCGCUGCCUCCCCGCCCUCCGCUUUCCGGCCGCCGAGCCUGGCGCACCAGCCCAGCCCGCAGCCUUGCAGCGCAGCGGAGCCCGGGCUGGGUCGGUCACUCGGACGGACGGACGGGCGUUGAAUCGAAGCGGCCGGCGCUGCGAGCGAGGCGACGGGAGCCCUGGAGCGGCGGCGAUGCCCUGUCCCGGCGGGCUGCUGCUGCUGCCCUGAAGCGGCGGCCAGAGGAGCGUCGGAACGCGACUGAGCGACUGCCAAGAGCUGCUUCUGCCUGACCCAAUGGCCUACACCAUCAGCCCCACCCCGUCUGUGCCGGUGGGAACCCCAAAUUGUGUUUGCAGAGUGGAAACUGUCCGUGUGUGUCAAAACCUUUUGGACAGAGAUGUGACUUCAAAAUCGGAUCCUUUUUGUGUCUUAUUUAUGGAAAUCAAUGAAAAAUGGACAGAGAUCGACAGGACAGAAACGGCGAUAAACAAUCUCAACCCGGCUUUCUCUAAAAAGUUCAUCAUAGAUUAUCACUUUGAGGAGGUCCAGAAGUUGAAAUUUGCCUUGUUUGACCAAGACAAAUCAAGCAUGCAACUGUACGAACAUGACUUCCUGGGAGAAUUUUCUUGCACUCUGGGAUCGAUUGUCUCAAGCAAGAAAGUAACAAGAGCACUCGUUCUCGGGAAUGGAAAACCAGCCGGAAAGGGAAUGAUAACGAUAGCAGCCCAGGAGUUAUUGGACAAUCGGGUGAUCACACUCAGCAUGGCCGGCAGGAAGUUGGACAAGAAGGAUUUGUUCGGGAAAUCAGAUCCAUUUUUAGAGUUUUAUAAACAAGGGGAUGACGGGAAAUGGAUGCUGGUGCACCGGACAGAGGUAAUUAAAUACACGCUGGAUCCUGUAUGGAAGCCAUUCACGGUGCCUUUGAUAUCUCUCUGUGAUGGGGACACAGAAAAGCAGAUCAAGAUUGUGUGCUAUGACUACGACAAUGAUGGAGGACAUGAUUUCAUCGGGGAGUUCCAGACUUCUGUUGACAUGAUGUGCAGAGAUGGCUCUGUGGCAGAGUUUGAAUGCAUCAAUCCCAAAAAACAGAAGAAGAAAAGGAGCUACAAGAAUUCAGGCAUCAUCAUUGUCAAGUCCUGCAAAAUCACCCGAGAUUACUCCUUCCUGGAUUACAUCCUCGGAGGCUGCCAAUUAAUGUUUACGGUUGGAAUCGACUUCACGGCAUCCAACGGAAAUCCUCGGGAUCCGACAUCUUUGCACUACAUUAACCCCAUGGGGACCAACGAAUACCUUUCGGCCAUCUGGGCAGUCGGGCAGAUCAUCCAAGACUAUGACACAGACAAAAUGUUUCCUGCCUUGGGAUUUGGGGCCCAGCUCCCACCAGACUGGAAGGUUUCUCAUGAAUUUGCCAUUAAUUUUAAUCCCACCAAUCCUUUUUGCCUUGGUGUGGAAGGCAUCGUCCAGGCCUACUCCAGUUGCCUGCCUCACAUUCGCUUCUACGGACCCACCAACUUCUCCCCCAUCAUUAACCACGUGGCUCGGUUCGCGGCCCAAGCGACCCAGCAGGAAUCUGCCAGCCAAUAUUUCAUCCUGCUGAUCAUCACCGAUGGUGUCAUCAGCGACAUGGAUGAGACACGGCACGCUGUCGUACAGGCCUCCAGGCUGCCCAUGUCCAUCAUCAUCAUCGGGGUUGGGAAUGCAGACUUUGCUGCCAUGGAGUUUCUGGAUGCAGACAAUCGCAUGCUCCGGUCGUACACAGGCGAGGAGGCUGUGCGGGAUAUUGUCCAGUUUGUGCCAUUCCGUGAAUUCCGCAAUGCACCCAAAGAAACGUUGGCAAAGGCUGUGUUGGCAGAACUCCCACAGCAAGUGGUUCAAUACUUCAAGCACCAGAAUCUGGCACCCCUCAACUCGGAACCCGCUUAGAAGAGUCAACCGUUUGCUCCUGGCCUGCAUGUAUCCCACAUCCGUUGGUGGCAGAAGAUUGCAUGUCUCCCGUGGUUUCCAAUAACGUUUCGUUUUACCGAGUUCAUUUAAUCAAAAGGAGCAAAGUGUCACCCGAUUCCUUCCGAAGGCAACUUUGCAGCGUUGAGAAGUUUAGGCAUCUGCCUUCAUGGAUCUUCAAGGAAGGAAAGAACCCACCGUGGCCAACAGUGGACAUGCCUUGAUUCCACAAGUCAACUUUUAAGUAUCUGAAUGUACUUUGUAUGGGUUUUGUGGAACGAGAGGACCUUUUUACAGCCGCAACUUACUGUCUCCCAAGUGUGAUGUUCUCAAAAUCUCGUUGCCCAAAGAAAUGUGGAUCAGCCUUCAAUGUGUUGUAACUUGUACUUCUGCUCUAUGUCCAUUUUUAUACCUUGUACACAUGAUUAUUUGUUAUACUCAGGUUAAUAAAGAACCCUGAACUCUUCAUAUCUCAGUUGAAGCCUGCUGCGAUAGGAGCCCAGUGGCCUCCUGCAGUUUCUUUGAACCAAAUCCCUCCAGGUGAGUUACAUCUCAACUCCCGGUCAGGGUUGCCCCAAAUACCUGCGAAGGGCACCAGAUGGGUGCUUACAUCCUUCCCUAAAUGCCAGUUUACAACUCUCAGAACCUGUUUCAUUUGCGAGACAUGCUGGAUUUGUGUGAGAGAAAAGGUGAGCUAGACCAUAAUUGGUUUCAGACCAUUCAUCCUUGACUUAGAUUGGUUUAGCAACUGUUUGACAUUACAAUGCCACUGAAAAAGUGACUUAUGACUGGUCCUUGGACUUAUGACUCUCCCCAUGGCCACAAAGAUCAACAUUUGGACACCUGGCAACCAGCCUAUCUUCAUGUCAGUUAAAGCAUCCCAUGGUCAUGUAUUUGCCAUUUGGGACCAUCCCAGCUGGCUUCCGACAAGCAGUCAAUACUGGAUUCACUUAAUGGCCUGAGGAUUCACUUAACAACCAUUAGAAAAAGAUCAUAAACAUUCGGUGGGAUUCCCUUAACAAUCGCCGUGCUUAGCAUUGGAAAUUCUGUUUUCAAUUAUGGUCAUAUGUUGAGGACUUCCUGUAACUGAGCCCACAAUUUUGGUUGUAAGUCAUGAGAGUCAUAAAGAUUGCUCCGUGACGUGACCUGACGGUUGGUUAUUAAGCAAACACUGUUUGCUAUGGAUUGGUUUUUAUGCUGGAAACCAGAAAUAAGCAUCAAUCAAGACAUUGUAAAUCAUGGUCAGAAGGUGCUGCAAACAGCUAUAAAUCUGGGCCAAUUGCGAAGCCAUCAAAUGACAGCCAUGUGAUUCCCUAUUGUACCUUUAAAUCUGGGCCAUAAGCCUCAUUUUCAGGGUUCAUGGUAACUUCAAACGGUUGCUAAGCAACCAGUCGUAAGUCAAGGAUUACCUGUACAUCCUACCUAGCCCCAAAUGAAUGUAUCAUAGUUUAGCAACGUCAAUCUAAUACGAUUCCUCUAACUUUGAUACCGAGAAACAAAAAAUAUUGGAGCAUCUCAAGAUUGUUACUAUUCAGCCGUCAAUUCUCAGACCUUACGGAAUUUACAUAAAGUGAAAAAAUUGCUGGCUUCAAUCAUAAAUUUCCAUAAAAAUAAGCCGUUGCUGGUUUCAGACAUGAAUUUCCAUAAAAAUAAGACAUGGUUUCGGUCAGCUUGGCUGAUAGAAGUCAGUUCACAAGCACUUUAAUAUUGUAAUCAAGAAAAUGAUUUGAAUGAUCUCACCAGGAAUUAAACUGAAAUCACCAGGA